AUGAAUUCCAAUUAUCCUUCCAAUCAAUCCAAUGAAAUGCAAGAACAAAUUGAUGCAAUGAAAUCAAUGGUCAAGUCUAUGAAGACAAUGGUUGAUUCUAUGAAAACAAUGGUCGAUAUUGUUAACAAAUCUGUUAGCAUGAUCCCUGACUUGGUGAAGACAGCUGUAGCUUCUGAAGAGCCCGGAAAUACGGUAACAAAACGUAAAAGGAUUAGCAGCAAGUCGGCGCUGGGUUCAAGCUCUUGUCGAAGUGAAGAAGAACACGAAGCAGAACAGCGUAUGAUCAAAAACUGUAUCUCAAAGGCCAUUCAAUAUUAUCAGACGAACGACAUAGCUCUCGGAAAUCACAACAAUUUGAAUUCCUUAGGCAUGAGAACUAUACCUGAUCCAAAGGCAUACAGCGUUGAACAGGUCAAAAAAGUAACUGAGAACCAUUUCAAGAGUCUCGUUUACGGAGCUGACGAUGGAACCGUCAAAGAAAACCCGAUGUAUAAAGCAAUGGCUACCCAGGCUUACAGCAAUACAUUUCAUAUAGCAAACAUGUUUCUUAUGGUAUAUUGCAAGGACAAGUACCGGGUGAAUGGAUCUUGCUGGACUGAUUACAAGAAAAACGAUGAGCAAAGUAUGAUGGUGUAUAUGUUGGAGAGAAUUGUUUACUAUUGGAAUAACAAUAGCAGCAAUCCUGGGGUGCCAUCAGGGUCCGGUAGAAUGUCUGACCUCGCCGCAGAAAAUCCCUUUUUGCCUCUGCAUUUGGCCAUGAAUAAUUGGAUUGCUCGUAAUAUGAUGAUUUCUUUGUUGGGUAAUACCAAGAAACUGGUACGUGAUAUUAAUGGUCAUAAACGUGUGAUGUUACUAACUGCAAUCUUUCAUCAGCGCCCAAACCCCGUAGCAAGUGUCGAAUCUUCUGGAUCCAUGUCAGGCCCAAUGGCUGCGCUCAACAUGAAUACCAUUCCUCGUUCCCUCAUGGCUGCGCUCAACACGAAUACCACUAUUUCUCGUUCCGCUGAAUCGGAUACAUAUCUGGAGCAUGAUUUCAGACCAGUAUAUUUGGAAGGGGGUCAAGAUGAGCAAGACAAACCUGCCCCAUCGCAGAAUGAGAGUUUCUCUGUGCCUGGUACGGAUUCUGUCCAAUCUCCCCACCCCUCUCCCUCUCCAUCUCCCCGCCCCUCUCCCUCUCCAUCUCCUCGCCUGUCUGCAUCUGUCUGCUUGUCACCUGCUUCUUUACCUCCACCCCCUGAGCCAUCUACUUCGUCUUCAAAGAUUGACCAAAGAGCUGAAAAAAGGGCCGCAAAAAAGGCAGCAACCAAACGGGCAAGGGAUGAGUUGAUAAUAGAAGGACGCUCUCGUAGCAAAACUAAGCCUUAAUCCGCAUUGGGUUUUAAUUUUUUUUUAAAUAAACUCGUUUUUUUUUUUUUUUUUUUUUUUUCUUUUCUUUCUUUUUCU